CCGCCCGCCGCCGAGCGCGCCAGCCUCGGGUCCCAAGGCACCGCGCGUCCGCUCCCUCUCCGACUCCGGGAUGAUCGGCCAGAAGACCCUCUACUCCUUCUUCUCCCCGAACCCCUCCCGGAAGCGACCUGCCUGCAGCCCCGAGCCGGCCGCCCCGGGGACCGGCGUGGCGGCCGCAGCUGAGGAGAGCGGCGAGGAGGCGGCCAGCCCUGCCAAGAAGAUCCGAGCCGGGCAGGAUGAGCCGGGCACGCCGCCCUCUUCGCCCCUGAGUCCCGAGCAGCUGGGCCGCAUCCAGAGGAACAAAGCCGCAGCCCUGCUCCGACUCGCGGCCCGCAACGUGCCGGUGGGCUUCGGGGAGAGCUGGAAGCAGCAUCUCAGCGGGGAGUUCGGGAAACCCUACUUCAUAAAGCUAAUGGGAUUUGUUGCAGAAGAAAGAAAACAUUACACUGUUUAUCCUCCCCCACACCAAGUCUUCACAUGGACCCAGAUGUGUGACAUAAGAGAUGUGAAGGUUGUCAUCCUGGGACAGGAUCCCUAUCACGGACCCAACCAAGCUCACGGGCUCUGCUUUAGUGUCCAAAGGCCAGUCCCUCCUCCACCCAGUUUGGAAAACAUUUAUAAAGAGUUGUCUACAGACAUAGAUGGUUUUGUGCAUCCGGGCCAUGGAGAUUUAUCUGGAUGGGCCAAACAAGGUGUGCUUCUACUCAACGCUGUCCUCACCGUCCGGGCCCAUCAAGCCAACUCCCACAAGGAGAGAGGUUGGGAGCAAUUCACUGAUGCGGUUGUGUCCUGGCUCAAUCAGAACCUGAGCGGGCUUGUCUUCUUGCUUUGGGGCUCUUAUGCUCAGAAGAAAGGCAGUGCCAUCGACAGGAAGCGGCACCACAUCCUGCAGACCGCUCAUCCCUCCCCGCUGUCCGUGUACCGAGGGUUCUUUGGGUGUAGACAUUUUUCGAAAGCCAAUGAGUUGCUGAAGAAGUCUGGCAAGAAGCCCAUCAACUGGAAAGAGCUGUGACCCCACGCAAAGGGGCAGUCUGACUCCAGGGGUGGUUUGGAAGAGCCCCUGUGGAAGUGUUUGUCACUUGUGGGGUGGGGUCAUUGACAUUCAAAUAGGCUGCACAGGGCCUGCAGCCCUAUCCAGCCAGAAACAGCAGUUCCUCUAACCAUCCGCACCUGCGCCUCCCAUCCUGGCAAGAUAAGGGCCAGGCGGCUUGUCCUGAAAUCCACACUCACUUGAAUCCCACUUUUUUGGGGGGUGAAAGAGGAGACUUGUAGCUUUUGGGCCCAACAAGUAGUUUGCUUCUAGCUGCUUGUUUUUGACCUGCUAGAUAGACUUGAUAGGUUCUGGGGUGCUGGGCAUUGUUUAGAAAGCUUUGAGUCUAUUUCUUUGGAAGUAUGGGCCAA